AUGUUCGGGCUUCUGCUACCUCUCGUCGCGCUCGCAGCGUCAAGUCAGGCACACACGAUCUUCCAAGAGGUCUACGUGAACGGCGUCGACCAGGGCCAUAUCAACGGUAUCCGCGUACCGGAUUACGAUGGACCCAUCACGGAUGUCACAUCGAACGAUGUGAUCUGCAACGGAGGCAUCAACCCCUACCAUACUCCAAUCUCUCAAGUCAUCAUCAACGCUAACGCCGGCGAUUCCAUCACCGCCGAGUGGCACCACACACUUUCUGGCGCAGACGCGUCCGACCCGGCUGACCCAAUUGACGCCAGCCACAAAGGACCAGUCAUCGCGUAUAUGGCGAAGGUCCCCGAUGCUCUCCAGACUGACGUGACUGGUCUCGGGUGGUUCAAGAUCUGGGAGGAUGGUCUUGCGAGCGAUGGUACUUGGGGUGUAGACCGUCUUAUCGCGAACAAGGGCAAAGUGACGUUCGACAUUCCGAAGUGUAUCGCGGCUGGAGAGUAUCUGUUGCGCGUCGAGAUCAUCGCUCUUCACGCGGCAUCUUCAUACCCUGGCGCACAACUUUACAUGGAAUGUGCUCAGAUGUCUAUCAGUGGAGGUGGCAGCACGUCGCCCGCGACGGUCAGCUUCCCUGGCGCGUACAAGGGUUCUGACCCCGGCAUCACCUUCAACCUGUACUACCCUGUUCCGACGAGCUACGACAUUCCUGGUCCGGAUGUCUUCACCUGCUAA